AUGCCCAGUGUUUUCCUGGGCGAGGCGAGAGACGUGAGCGUCCCGGCGGCUGUCAGCGUUCUCCAGGCCCUGGCCCUGGCCCUGCGGGAGGAGGAGACGCCGGUGGAGCCGGCUGACCUGCUCGGCGUGGUGCAGUUUCUCCAGCAGGUUUCAGCUGUCGAAGUCCAGGAGCGGGGCGAGCUGGAGAUGCUGGAGCCGCUGAGCCGGUAUUACGUGGAAGUCACGGGCCUGAUCCUGGAGGAGCAAAAUACCAACACAUUUUCAGAAAUCAGCCAGAUUAUCAGAGGGCCGAUGGCCGUUGUGGAGAACACGGACAGGAUGGCUUCAAACCUGGACCAGCUCCUCACUGGGGAAAGGACAAAGCUAGCGAUCCGGCACAGGAACGUCGGGGUCGAAGUCAGGACGGUGGAGCUGAGCCGGCAGGAACCCCGCAGCGACGUGUAUCUGAUCCAAAGCCAGGACGCCGCCGGGCCUGACCUCAUAGAAAUCCCCCCUGACGAAGUGGAGAGACUUAAAGCCACAGGGCUCCGUAGAGUCACCGUGGUCAACACGUGGUACAGUUCCGCCUCCCUCCAGCGCCUCCUCCCUGGGGCUGGCGUCGGGUUCCAGGACGUGGCCGCGUCUGACGGAGGACGGAAGUAUCUGCGCACCCAGGUGGGCUCCGCCGUGAUCUCUUCGGCUCUGCGCAGCGACUACCAGGAGAUCAGCACGUCCGUGCGCUAUCGCCUGCAGCACCGCAGCGUUGCCAGGUAUCUGCGCACCCAGGUGGGCUCCGCCGUGAUCUCUUCGGCUCUGCGCAGCGACUACCAGGAGAUCAGCACGUCCGUGCGCUAUCGCCUGCAGCACCGCAGCCAGGGGCCGCCGGACAAGCUGGUGGAGCCGAUCUGCGCUUUCUGGAACUUCAGCAUCAGCCCGGACACAGGGGGAAUGUGGUCCACCGUCGGCUGUUCCAUCAUCAGCUCUCACCCGGGAUCCACGGCCUGUUUCUGCAAUCACACCACCAAUUUUGCGGUGCUGCUGCAGGUGUACAAAGUGCAGAGGAGCUCAGAGGAGGAGCUGACUCUGAAGACCCUGACGUUUAUUGGAUGCGGAGUUUCUUUCUGUGCCCUGAUCGUUACAUUCGUUCUGUUCCUGGCAGUGGGCGUGCCGAAGAGCGAGCGAACGACCGUCCACAAGAAUCUCAUCUUCGCCUUGGCUGCGGCUGAGGCUCUGCUCAUGUUCAGCGAACUGGCCAAGACCAACCAGGUACUGUGCUUCGCUGUCACAGCCUUCCUCCACCUCUUCUUCAUGGCCGCCUUUUCCUGGAUGCUGGUGGAAGGGCUGCUCCUCUGGAGCAAAGUGAGGAUGAAGUUUUACUACAUGACUGGCUGGGGUCUGCCGGUCGUUAUUGUUGGCGUGACACUGGCAACUUCGUUUAACGAGUAUGUGGCAGAAGAGCACUGCUGGCUGAACGUUCAGACUGACAUCAUCUGGGCGUUUGUCGGGCCUGUGCUCUUUGUUCUGACGGUCAACACCUUCGUGCUGCUCCUGGUGGUGAUGGUCACAGUGUCCAGUGCGCGCAGGAGGUCGAAGAUGCUGAGCCCCCGCAGCAGCCUGGAGAAGCAGAUAGGAAUCCAGAUCUGGGCCACAGCCAAGCCCAUCUUGGUGCUGCUGCCAGUCCUGGGCCUGACCUGGGUGUGCGGGGUCUUGGUCCACCUCAGCAUCGUCUGGGCUCACCUCUUCAUUGUGCUGAACUCCCUCCAGGGCUUGUACAUUUUCCUGGUCUAUGCUGUCUAUAACAGUGAGGUGAGGAACGCCAUCCAGAGGAUGAAGGAGAAGAAGAAAGCGCUCUCCUUCACCAACUGCUCCCAUCCAAUCAACUACCUGUCAAGCCCAAGGAAUACUGCGUCCUGGCCGAGUGGGAAGCGGGGUCCCUCCGCGCCAGACAGCGCCGGGCCCAGCCGGGGGCAGAAAGACCCCCCGCCGCCCGUUCUGGGACCUGCGCUUUGUGUUCAGGUUGCCACUUGGCGCGAGUGGGAUCCGUCCCUCGAGGGUCCGUGGGUCACUCACGCCUUCGAGGGGAGCGGAUGGGGGGUUCCUCCGUCAGUAAGACACGGCACCAGGAGUGACCAGAGCCCUUGUGCCAGCAAGGAAGAAAACGGUUUUCGGGCUCUCCAUCCCCACACCCAGUGCUUUUUUUGGUAA